UAUCACUUUUCUUGACACAUAAAACUGGUGUUUGUUGUAAGUGCCAUCGAGCUGAGGUUCUCAUCAAACAUCUAUAAGUUUUAUUUUUUAUAAGUUCAAUGAACCGGUAUAUCAUCACGUCGCUAUAUUGUCAGACAUGGAAAAAAUUCAAUUUAGUCGUGCACGCUUGAAACUUGACACUUGAAUUGAAAUCCAAGAACAAUGAUGGAAAGAAAUUCAUUUUGACAACUGUCGAGCCAAGCCUUCACAGUAAAGUGGGCCAAUGAAACCUCAACGCAGCAGGAUGAGAGCCAUAUCAGCAAUCGUUUUUCUGGCCUUAUGUGCGCUGCUUGUUAUAAUCUACCAGGCCGUACAGCAGGAGCUCCACAUUCGUGACCUCCAAACACGCAUUGCAGUUUCUGAUCGACAGAUGAAGCUGAAGGAGGAUGGGAUCAUGGCAGCCAAGACGAAAGUGGAAGAAUUGAAUAAAAAUCUUAAUCCUCUGAUCACACAGAGGGAUAAGCUUAAAAAAGAGAAGGACGACAUUAAGACAGCCAAUGCCAAUUCUGAAAAGGAACUAGGCACCUGCAAUGCUGAGAAGGGUAAAUUAGAGAAGCAGAGCAUCGAAGUGAAAGACUUACUCCAGAAACUAAAGGAAAACCAAGAAGCUGAGGAGAAGAAAGCUGUGGAGGAGAUUGAGGGUCUGAAACAGCAAAUUCUACAGCGAGAUUUAAAGAUCUGCAAAUAUGUGGAUCAGACACUGGAAGAGCCAAAGAAGUUGUGUGCAGGUACAAUUUGAAGGAGCUUUGUGAAUGAACUUGGAGUGCUCAGGAAAAAUGGGAAUGGAACUGUGCAUAGCUUUUUUCUUCACACUGCUCUUUUGACUUUGUUAACUCAACCUUGAGUGGUGUUUUUUUGUUUUUAUUGCAUCAUAGCACUUGAGCAAUUAUCUAUGUCUUAAACUACAGAUUCUUUGGAGGGUUAGGUGUGUAGUGUUCUGUUCUGCACAAUAUUGGCCAGACUGGAUCUGUGAGGGUUGGAGGAUGGGGUGUGUCUGUUCUGGUUAUUAAAAAAAAAAAAAAAAGAAAGAAGGUAGACUAGAUAAUGAAUGAAGUUUUAUUUUUUUAGUAGUUUGAACAGCCAUUAGGCUUUGUCAUGUAUUUGUCAGAUUUGAUUUCAUUUUUUUAUCAGUUACUUGUUUUGUGAGAUAGACUGUGUAUUUGUCUAGGUGCAAAAUUGUCACAUUCUUCAUUUUUGCUAACCUGUUUAUCCACAUUCAUGGCAUUUCCAGUCAGUCUCUAUUGAAAGUCCUUUGAGUCACUCUUUAAGGUUUUUAAAAUUUACUCUUUAAUUUUACAACUGAAGAAGAUGCUUAAUGCAGUUAGGUUUCUGUUGGGAGCCUGUGCAUGUUUACAGUACAAACUUUAUUAUCUUUCUUUAUAGUUGCUAAUUUAACUGUGUAUUGUUAGAACGGGACACAAAAACUUGUUCUAAUGUGAACAGUGUUUACCCUUCCUUUUUAAAAAAAACAAAAGACUUUGCAACAGCCACAACAGAAACCAGUAAUUCCUGAUUCUUAAAACCAGAAACAUCUACAUGGCCAUACAGUUUUUCAAAUGUAUCAGAAAUUAAUUCCUUGAAAAAAUAAUAAUAAUACAAAUAAAGAAAUAUGUAAACAAA